AUGAAGCUUCCUUCACCUUUUAAGUACACAAAAUCACCUUCCUUUCCCUCCUCAACUUGGCCAUGGCCAACUUGUGCAGACCCUAAGGCCUUUUCUUUCCGGGCUGAAAACACCACCAUCAACUCCGUCUUCGUCCCCGAAGAGCACUCAGAGUUCAUUGCCAGCUCCUCCGACUCCAAUUCUGCAUCCGAAUCAUCUAGGCGCCAUGUUAUAAGUACUGCUGAUGAGUUAGAUACCGAGUGCUUCAAUAGUGCAGAUGCCAUAGAGAGUGUUAUUCGAGGCGUGAAAAAAUCAGAGCGUCUGUUUUUCGAGCCAAGUAGCUCCACACUCAGAGAGCCUGAGAAGAACAAGAUUAAUAAUGAUACUACUAAUGAAGAUGAGAAUGAUUCAAACAGAGCUAGCAAAUACGUGGUGAUUGAAAUGGAGACUAUGGAUCCAUUUAUGGAAUUUAAAGAAUCAAUGAAGGAAAUGGUGGAGGCCCAUGGGCUUGACAGCUUGGAUGGUCUUGAAGAGAUGUUGAGUUGUUACUUGAGAGUGAAUGGGAAGUGCAAUCAUGGGUAUAUAAUUGGAGCUUUUGUUGACUUGUUGGUGAACCAUGAUGAGUUUGAUUUUACUUUCUCAUCGACUUGUUUUAGCAGUGACUACCAGUCCACAACUUGUAUAAGUCAAUCUCCAGUCUCUGCAUCAUCACUCUCUUCUUUCUCGGCUUCCAAUUGUAAAUGUACUACUGCUGCUUCUGGUGCAUCUUCAUCAGAAGAUGAAGAGGCUCGUGCAUGA